CUCCCCGGGAGUCUUGAUGAAGUGGCGGAGCUAAGUGUCCUUCUCCCUCCCCCUUCUCCGGGCUCCUGCCCCGGGGCUCCUGCCCCCCCCUCCGCUCGCCCCAGGAGCGCUGCGCUCCCUCCAGCCCCGCUCCGCUCCUCCCUGCGGGCUCUCUGCCGGCAGCCUCCCCGGCUGCCCAGCGGGCUCCCCCGCGCCGUCCCCUCCCCACCACCACCAUGGCUGAAGCGCCCCAGCUCGUGGACAUCGACCCUGAUUUCGAGCCACUGCCCCGGCCCCGCUCCUGCACCUGGCCCCUGCCCAGACCGGAGUUCAACCCGUCCAGCUCGGCCACCUCCAGCCCGGCGCCGUCCUGCGGGGGGCAGCCCGACGGGGCCGCCUCUGCCUCGGCGGUCAGCGUCGAUUUCAUCGGCAACCUGAGGCUGCUGGAGGAGAGCGAGGACUUCGAGCCGUCGCCGCUGCCCCCGGCCGCCCCAGGGGCAGCAGAAGGGGCCGCUCCCGCUGGCGGCUGCCUGUGCGGGGACUUCCAGUGCCAGGAGACCGGCUGCCUCCACCAGCAGCAGCAGCCCGGACCGCCGCUCCAGCAGCAGCAGCACCCGCCGGUGUCUGCCCUGUCCGCGGGUCCCAUCCCCGGCCAGCCCCGCAAGAGCAGCUCGGCCCGCCGCAACGCCUGGGGCAACCUGUCCUACGCCGACCUGAUCACCAAGGCCAUCGAGAGCUCCCCAGAGAAGCGGCUCACCCUGUCCCAGAUCUACGAGUGGAUGGUCAAGAGCGUCCCCUACUUCAAGGAUAAGGGCGACAGCAACAGCUCGGCCGGCUGGAAGAAUUCAAUUCGUCAUAACCUGUCACUGCACAGCAAGUUUAUAAGGGUGCAGAAUGAGGGAACAGGAAAAAGUUCUUGGUGGAUGCUGAACCCUGAAGGAGGAAAGAGUGGAAAGUCACCUAGGAGAAGAGCAGCAUCCAUGGACAACAACAGCAAGUUUGCGAAAAGCAGAGGAAGAGCUGCCAAGAAAAAGGCAGCCCUUCAGUCAGGCCAAGAAGGAAAUGGAGACAGCCCAGGAUCACAGUUUUCAAAGUGGCCUGCAAGCCCCAGCUCUCACAGUAAUGAUGACUUUGAUAACUGGAGUACCUUCAGACCUAGAACUAGCUCUAAUGCUAGUACAAUUAGUGGGAGACUUUCUCCAAUCUUGCCAGAACAAGAUGACCUUGGAGAUGGGGAUGUGCACUCUAUGGUAUAUCCUUCAUCAGCAACCAAAAUGGCUUCUACUCUACCCAGCCUUUCAGAGAUGAGCAAUUCUGAAAAUAUGGAGAAUCUUUUGGAUAAUCUCAACCUCUUGUCACCUAGUACGUCACUGACGGUAUCGACCCAGUCUUCACCAGCUACAAUGAUGCAGCAAACACCAGGUUAUUCAUUUGCAUCACCAACCACAAGUAUAGGUUCACCAAAUCCAGACUACCGAAAAUUUACAUACGCUCAAGCUAGCAUAAACUCUUUGCCCCAGAUGCCUAUGCAAACUCUUCAAGACAGUAAAUCAAGCUAUGGAACGAUCAGCCAAUAUAACUGUCCUGCAGGACUCUUGAAGGAGUUACUAACUUCUGAUUCUCCACCGCACAAUGAUAUCUUGACAUCAGUAGAUACUGGUGUUUCUCAACCUAGUGGUAGAGUAUUAGGCCAAAAUGUGCUGAUGGUCACCGAUUCAGUGAUGUCAACAUAUGGUAAUCAACCAUCCCACAACAAAAUGAUGACUCCCAGUGCCCACCCACACCAAGGACGUAAUCAGCCAACAGUUGCAGUUAAUGGUCGUGCCUUGUCACACACAGUGAACACCAUGUCACAUACUUCAGGUUUAAAUCGUUUGUCCACAGUGAAAACUUCAUUACAAGUGCCUAUGAGUCACCCAAUGCAUAUGAACACAAUGAACCCUUAUGCUGCUGUUAACAGUUGCAAUGGCUAUGGAAGAGUGGGAAUUGUUUCUCUCCACCAGGAGAAGCUUCCCAGUGAUUUAGAUGACAUGUUAAUUGAACGGUUGGACUGUGACAUGGAGUCAAUUAUUCGUAAUGACCUUAUGGAUGGAGAAACUUUAGAUUUUAACUUUGACAGUGUGUUGCCUAACCAAAGUUUUCCACACAGUGUAAAGACCACCACACACAGCUGGGUGUCGGGCUAGGAGAUAGCACAAGGCUACAGUUUAAAGCUCUUCAGACUUGUGUGACAACAGGAACUGAGAAAAGUAGUCCAAAGAUGUCCUUCGCCCUUCUUUUAGGUUUCUUGAUAAAACUGUUCUCAUUUUUCCUUUUGUCAGAAUUGGCAGCAAACAGACUUUUCCUGUACAGGAUGUUUGCCCAGUGUUUGCAGGUUAUGUGCUGCUGUAGAUAAGAACUGUGCCAUUGGAAAUUUCAUUACUCUGAAGUGCCAAAUUCACUACACCAUAUAAUCACAGAAAAUACUUUUGCAUCAUGUUGUGCUUUCGGUUUUUGUACAGUAUGAGCUGUAGAUGUUGUUUUUAAAAAUAUCUGUUUGGUCCAAAAAAAACCCUAUAAACUUCUUGUAAUACUGUGGUGGUUUCAUGCCCUAAGUAAGUUUAACUUUUAUUGAAGAUACCUGUGUUCUGCUGAACUGAUGAAUUGAGAUAACUGUGGACUUUGUUUUGCAGCUGUAUGAACUGCCUUGUAUUUGUUAAAAUUGAUACACAUUUCAUAUGAGAAAAGAGCGGCCUGGUAAAUAAGAUCCGGCUAAGCUCAUUGAAUAGUCAAAUGUUCAAAACAAACAAUAGAUUAAAUGACAAUUGGUGUAUUACCAAUCUUUUCAUUAUGUAAAUUUAUGCAAAAAUAUUUGUGGGUCUGAUUUCUGUCCCAUUUUUGGCAGAAGAGUGAUGUGUAUAGACAGACAUUUUCCUUUUCAUGUUUAGGAAAUAUUUAAUCGGUUUUAUAUAUGCAUUUCUAGAAACUUCAUCAGCUUCUAUUACCGUUUUAACCCUGACUACCACAAAGUGUUAAGUAUUCAUUGUUAGAUGCUUGUACAGUGCUUCAUGUUGUAUUUAUUUCAUGAAGGUCUCAUAAUGUUUGUGGACUCAAAAGCAGGAUCUUUGUUUUAAGAACAUUCACAUUCUGGUAAAGUUAAUGACAGCAUUUCCAUUUGUGUUUAGCAUUAGUUUUUAGGGUCUGUCAGCAUUUUUAUCAUCACACCCUAUUUUAGGGGGGUUUGAAAGUGCUACUGUGAAAGUACAUGAGGGAUAAAACUUCCAUUAUGUAACAUUUCAGGGCAAGGACAUAUUUGAUCUCCAUUUCUGGGAGUGGGGAAGAUUAGUGAAAUAGCAAAGUUACAUAAGUGCAAGAGUUUUAAGGAGAAGGGAUAGCUGUAGUUACUAAGGCUUUGGUCCUGCAAACCUUUACCUUUAGGUGAUUAGGCCCAUUGACAGAUAUUUCAAGGUUUACAGGAUUGGGCCUUUACUUGGUAAAUAUUUGCUGUAUUUACAUAGUUAAAUUGUGUUUUGAGGGAUGAACGGAGAGGUAAACCUGCCUGCCUGCCACUGAUUACUGCACAUCGUUUGUGUUAAAAAAAAAACUAACAAAAAACCAAGGAUUUUUAUUCUGCACUUACAAUUUUUGUAAUUUUUACAAUAGGGCCAGAGAUGGAAAUUAAUUUUUCUGCUGUACUAUUUUCAAGUCAUCCAUAACUGGAAAGUGAUUAUAAUCCUAUUUUAACUCCCUUCUUCUCCAUCGUCAUUCUCCAUGAUCUUUUGUGGAACCUGCCUGGAGAGAGAAGAUUAAGAAAAUAUUAAAAAGUCUAUGAUAUUAAUUACAAUGUGUGCUCAGUGCUGGCAGUUCACUAAAACAGCCUGCAUUUGUCUAAUAUCUUCCCUAUCAAAUUAAUUAUAUUUGAAAUGUAAUCACAUCUCUUGCCCAUGGCAUGAGCAGAAGACUCUGUGGGACCAGUUUCCAAAGAGCCUCCUUUUUGGUGCAUGUGCAAAAUUUUUGCUCUCCAAUGGCAGUUGACUAAGUGAAGUACUGAGUCAUAUAAUUUAUUAUUUGACCUUUAUGUGCCGAUUUUGUGUGCAAAAAGAGAGACUCUUUGAAAUUCGACCCUCUGGCGCAGGAGCUGAACAUGCUACAUUUAACAAUUUACCUCUUAUAAUUUUAUUGCUACUGUAUAACUUACAAAUAUAUUCUUUUUUUAUAGCUAUGAUGAACUUGAAUGCAACGGUUCUUUGAUUAAAAUAGGCUGCAGGAAGUCCUGUUUGAUCAUUAUCAGAAUAGAUACUUAUAGAUGGUGGGAAUUUUGGUUCUGCAUUUUCUUUUUAUUUUGUUGUGUGUCAGAAUUCUAAUAUUUUUGCUUGUAACUGUGGGAUACUGUGAAAUCUAAUGAAGGGUAGGUUGUCUGUCUUGAAAGCAAACAUUAUGUGACCUCUAGUAAUAAAUUCCUUUAAGUAAAAGUACUGAACUUUUGGAGUAAAUUAGUUUGUCAGAAUUAUUGUAAAUGAUUGCUUUGUGAAUUGUGCAGAUAAUCUUACCUAUGCAGCUUUGGUUUUGACUUUUCUCUGGUUUGUACUGUUAUUGUAUUAUAGAGCUGUUCAGAUAUUUUAAAUAUAAAGCUGUAUUGUUUCCAUAAUAUAUCUAUAUGAUAUAUGUUUAGGUAGUAGAUGCAUUAAUUGGAAAGCUCUGCUUUGAUAAACUGACAAAUUGCCUAUGUUUAUAAGCAAAAGUUGUGCUGCUUAUUAUUGGCUUGUCAACAGAGCAUCCCUAAGAAGAGGAGAGAACUUAAAAUUGGGCCAAUUCCAAAAUAGUAUAAAUUUUGCACUUGUUAAACCACUGGAUGUAUGUUAGUACUUUUUUUUUUUUUUUUUUUUACUGAUUUGAAGUUCAUAUUUUCAUUAUGAAAUUGCUAGGAUUCUUAAUUUAUAACUGAUUUUAGAUAAGAUGUCAUGGUUUUUUGUAAUCGUUACAUAAAAAUGCAGCAUGGUUUAUGCAAACAAAAAGACUUGGCAUUAAAACUAGCCUCCUUUUUGAAGAUUGUUCCACAAACCAGCAAUAUCACCAGAGAAUGGCUUGUAAAUGUGGCUAAUUUUACUCAUGGGUGGUGUAACAGCACUUCUGUGUUCCACUGCUCUUAUUCAGUAACAUCGCAGAAUUAAAGUUCGUAUUUGGAUAUUUUCAGAGAAGUGCCUGAUGUACCUACAGACACAAGAACAAUCCUUUACUGUUGUAUAAAGCCAUAAAUGUAUAUAAAUUAUGUUUAAAAGGUUUUGUGUCCUUUCUUGUAUACUGGAAACGAGAUUUGUACCAGGAUUCUACUUGUGAUUAGCAGUUAUCGUAUUCAAACACUGUAGUAAUUACAUUCCUUACCGCCUAAUAUUUUUAAUAAUGAUAAUCCCGUUUUGACAAUCUUGUUGGCGUUAGCAAUUUUAUGUGGAAAAAUACCUCAUGGUACCAAGUCUUGGAGUUCAGCAAGAUGAUACCAUAUUAAUAAGCAAACACUAACUGCAAAAUGGCUAACAGAUUUUCCAGUACUUUGUGUAAGGGGAAUUAUCUUUUGGAAUUUCUUCUGGAAUUGGAACUGUAUCAGGUACAGUAACUUAAUAGGGCUGUGUUAAGUAUUUUAUCACAACUUAUUGUGAUUAAAACUAACUUGUUUAUAACUAUUUGGGACUAAACACAAGAAGAAUCCAUGCCUGAGUUGACAAGAUAUAUUGUGUAAAGAUACUUUGUUGCUGGAAGCUGCUUUACACAGCUCAAGUAUUGUUGCCAUUGGUUCAACAAACCUAGUUCAGAGAAAAUUGCAAAAAUUCCUGAAAUCUCUUAAGAAUGCAUAUUUGUAAGUAUAAGCUUUUAAUAAAAUGGCUAUGACAUGAGAUGGUGAUUAAUGUAUUAGAACAUUAUGUAAUACAUUUAGAAAAUGUGAAACAAAAACUUACAGGAAGGAAUUACUCUUAAAUUAGCACGUUACAGAUUAGAUCCUAAAAUCAUUAGAUGUGGGAAGGGGAACAGGUUUUGAAGGGGAUGUGAGUGGGGUGGCAGCAGAACCUUUUU